GUUUGUUUUUAAGGCGCACGGCGAGAACGGCUCAGUCUCGAUUGUCAGCUUGUCGUGAAUGGUUUUUUAGCACACACGCGGACCGGGCACCGAAGCAAAAAGUUCGCGCUUAAGUUAUUUAAUAACAACAACAUCGUUUGCACAUACCUUAAUAUCGCUAUAUACAUAUAUAUAAACGACAUAGCCCGCCGAUCGACGCGUGUGUGUCUGUGUUAAUAUUCUGUGUUUGCCAGUGUGUGCUUGCUAUUGUUGCCAGGGUUGGGAAGCGGGAGCUGAUCUGACUGAUUUGUUAUUUUUGCAUAAAUCAAUUUCGAGAGCGCGCGCCAUCGAUUUCCGUGCGCUGAUCUGUUCUAGAUGAUGUCGCAUGCGCGGCCGAAUCGAGUUUUUCGCUUAAGUCUUUCGUUUGCGAACUGAUAGCGCAAGCAUAUUUCGCACUCCCAUGGCUCUGACCAAUUUCUCGCUGCCCUUCGGUGCCCUGGGCCAGCCCUGGGGAGUCACCAUAGCCCCCCUGCAUCCAAUCCACCAGUUGGCCAGCAACACCAACAAUCUGCUUUACUCGCCGGCUGACCACCAGCAGCAGACUCCCGCGGAGGCAGCCGCCGAUCCGGAGUACUUCAAGAACAAUCCCUACGCGCCGCCGCAAUCGGGGGGUUAUCAAUAUCAAAAUACCGCUGGACGACGCAAGCAGAGUAACGCCUACUUGCCACCGACAGCGCCGAAUGCUGUCCGGAAUUCCGUUUACCACAUCCAGCAGGUGCAGCAAACGCAGCAGCAGCAAACUCAGCAACAGCAACAGCAACAGCACCAGCAGCAGGAUCAGCAUGAGAACAGCGUAUCCUUCCAGAGCACUAGUUCCAGGUCAAGUUCUAGCAGCACCACGGGCCAAAGUUCCAUCCAGCUGACACAGACUCAUACGAGUGGCCGGGGUCCGGCGGAAGGUUCGUAUUCCCGAUAUCCCGGACAGCAAACGCAGCCGCCGCAGCAGCAACCGCAACAGAAACAAUACUUCAAUGCACAUGGCAGUGCCAGUGCCAGUGCCACUUUUACUAAGAACAGCGGCAGCUUUAGUAUUACCAGCUUUGGCAGCAGGCAGCAGCAGCAGCCGCAACAACCACCGCCCUUGCAACAGCAGCAACCACCACCUGCACCACCGGCCCAAAGGGCCAGACAGACGAAGCCGGAGGCUCAACCCGCCGAAACUUACGGAGUUGCGCCGCCGGAGAAUUAUCCGGAGCGAGCACCAGGAUUCACACGGGUUCAGGCUGGACAAGGGUCCAGGACUCAGGUACACGCCGUUCUAGACUACGACGUGGAGGAUGGCGAGGAGGAUGAGGAGGAGGACGGAGAGGAGGAAGGGCAGUUCUACGAAGGGCAAGAGAACGAUAAGUCGAAUAACAAUCAGAUGCCCACAGUGACGCCCAUCCAGGGACCAAUCUACUUGAAGAACGGGACGGUUCCAGUGGUGCCGCUCUUCUCCUAUCCGAAACUCAACAACGGAUCGUUCCUACAGAUUCCGAUCUGGUGGACGGCUUUGUCGGUGGCUUUGGGACUGGAUGUGCGCGGCGAUGUCAUCAAGGGAGUGCCGUGCAUUAAGCGAUAUCAUCAACUGUUCUGCCCCACGGCCGGCAACAGUUAUCCCAUUGACAAGAUUGAACGCUUCAUAGACGACAACAAGGCUCUAAUGCGACGUAUGUACGGAGACUUUGAGAUGAACAUGGAGGGUCCUGGUGGAGGAGGUGCCAGACAACAAGGCAAGGUGCGUAAGCGUCGCUUCAUAGACGAGCCGGAUAUAUUCAUUCCCCCCGGAGCAUUUGCUGCCAAUGCCGGGGAGACCGUCGAAGCCGGAGAUAGUUACUUUGGCGAACUGCGGAAAAAACGUCAAGCAGCCGCCGGAGGAAGUCGAAAUAGAGGCGGAUCUGCCGGAGGAAGUGGCAACGGAAACACUAAUGCCAAUAGGCCACCGGGAAAUAAGAAUAGUGGUUCGGGCACUGGAAGACUCGAUGCCUGCGAGUCGAAGAUUGAAAUUGUCACACCGUAUUGGGCAUCGAACUCCGCGGGUAAAAUCAGAGCCAUCGUAAAUACUCAGCAUUUCGAGCAGGCGAUUCACCAGGAGGUUUGCAGCAAUACCCAAACUCCACGAUGUGAGGGCGAAUGUGGAUGCGAGCAAAAAUACAAAUGGCAUAGAUUACUGGCCUACGAUCCUGAUAACGAUUGUAAGGGCAUUUUCAUGGAUUGGUUCCUGUUUCCUUCGUGCUGUGUCUGUAGAUGUAAUCCCUAGAUUACCCGACUCUGAGCAAAUAAUAAUAAACAAUUGAUAAAUGUAAUUGAGACAAGUAAUUGUAGGUAGAAUGCCACUGAAUGUAUUUUAGUUGUUGUUAAGUAGACCUUACGUAAGCCCUAAUCGGUAGCUCUAGUUAAGAUCAAUUCUACACCUAGUUAAGAUUUUAUCCGAGCCAUAUGUAUAUCUCCACUAUUCUCUGUAUCCCCUCCUCCAUCACCAUGCGAUAUUACUCAGACUCCAUUUUUGUUGUACGGUAAUUGUAAACGUAAUUGUAAAACGAUUGAAGUGAAUAAAGCUCGUGCAAAUAUU